CAUCCAAGUUCUUGCCCUCGUGCAACCAACUUCCCGUUCUGUGUCUCACUCUGUUCCAUUCUGUGUUCCUUCUGCGUGGCUGGGAAUCUCAUCGGCGCCGGCCUGAUCCCAACCACCACUAUCAACCCCAACCUCGUAUUCAAUUCCACCAUUUCAUAUUCUCGAAAUGCGUCUUCAAUCAUGCUCUCCAUGUCUAUUCCACUCUGGUCAACGUGCUUCCGCUUUGACAUUUUUUUUUGAGUUUCCGCAUUGAUAAUACUUCCCCAGAGUAAUGAACUUGGUUCCCGAUACUCAUAUUCAGACAGUCAAGAGCCUCACUCCUCAAUAUAUCCGCAGUCAUUCGUUGAAAUCUUCCGUCGCCUCGAACGAAUAUUUCUCAGACUAUGCUUCUGAAACCGCCAGCCAAAAAUCCGACGAUACAAAAGCAAGCUAUGAAACACCGCCCUCGAGAAUAUCAACACCACCCGUACAGCAGCAACUCAUUGAUUCGGAGAUGACACUUCCCAGUAGAGCCGGCGCAACACAGCCGGCACCUCUCAAUACUCGGUAUGAGGCGUCACAGACAAUGCGCAUGCUGUCCAGUUUUGACGAGAUGAGUCCGCCAACCCCAGGAGUUGACGAUACACCAUACAUUCGGUUUGCGAUUGAGCAAUUGACAAGAGAUGAGGAUGUCCUUGGUCAAGGCAGAUACAGCACAGCAUCACCCGUGGAUGAUCCUCUUUCUCCGAUUCUGCCAUUAGCAAGACCAGUAUCGGUCGACAGCCGUCAAACUCCUACACCCUCUCCUCCUCCACCAACGCCACCACAGCAACCUCCUCCACAGCCAAUACGUCAGAUUCAGCGGAAGCCUGUACCUCAAGAGGUCAUGGUCCCUGUUGAUCUGUCCAAAGACCUACGCUCACAACUUGGCUUUGUACCAACACCCUUACGACUUCCCAUCCUCGCGCUUUUCAUGUUCUUAUGCCUAUCAAUCAUAGCCGGCCUAAUAUUCAGUCUUGUUUUCAUUUCCACGAAUCAUGCCCUCUUCGACUACGACGGAAACUCCACACCACGGUAUUUUGUCUUCCAAUACCUACCACAACUUCUGGGCAUCAUCCUGCUACUAUGGCUUUUUGUCAUCGAAGCCGCAGCGUACAGAUGCUUGCCCUACUUCUGUAUGAACUCAGGAAAGCGCAAUCCCUGGGUGCUACAGAACAUGCGGAUCUUGCCGGCGAACUAUCUGCUUCCCGACUUUAGCUUCUUCCGUACGGGAGAGCAAAUGCUUGGAGUGGCAUUUCUGAUAUUCUGGCUGAGCAAUUUCACCGUCCCUCUCCUCAGUUGCCUUUAUCAAACGCAGUGGAUCACAAACGAUGGUCCCGCACGCUUUCGCUGGACGACCGUACAGGGCGUGGGCUGGACCUUGGUCGCGCUGUAUGGUCUACUGUGUCUAGCAAUUCUGUACUGCAUUGUGCGGUUUCGGCGACGCAACUCGAACUUGAUGUGGGAUCCGCGCUCAAUCGCCGACCUGGUCUGCCUCUUUCGUCGCUCAAAUGGUGGGUCUGGAUUCGAGCAGAGCGAGAUUGCGCCAGAUCCCGGCCAACAACUUCCACCAAAGACAUGUCGAUUAGGCUUUUGGACGACUUCCGAAAGACCUGCCGUUUUCCACGGAGUAGGUGUGGAAUACGCCCCGAUCAAACGCCUUUCGAUGCAGCAGACAAGAGCAACGGAGAAACCCUCAGGUCUACGGCUUCAUCCUAACGACACCGUUGACACCGAGGCUCAGCAGCGCCAUUCCUAUGGUUCAGUCUUCUCACGCAAUAUCCAUUCACCGUAUGUACGGUAUCGAUGGACCGUCUGGUUCCUUCGAGACUCGGCUGUCUUGGCAUGGAUCAUUGCAGCGUUCAUACUUGUGAUUGCCUUUUUGGUGGUCAGCUUUGUCAACCACGCAGUACAAGACGGGUUCAGUCCAUUGUUACCGUCACUGACUCGUGCUGGAGGUUUCUCUCCAGCGAACUUCCUCUACAGCUUCAUCCCGGCGUUACUCGGAAUGAUCCUCUUUCUUGCGUGGCAACCCAUCGCAAUGUACUUCCGUGCUGUUCAGCCAUUUUGCAACCUCUCUCAACCUUCUGGUGCUGAUGCUCGACACUCGCUGUUGCUGUCAUACCCGGCUCGAGGUCCGAGUUCUGUGAUCCUUCUCGCUCUGCGAAACCACGACUACAAGGUGGCAUAUAUCAGCUUCAUUGCCCUUCUAUCACUGUCGAUCCCAGUCCUAGCUGGAGGAGUAUUCACCGCGGAGUUCUUCACCACUCAGAACGAGGUCAGAAUUGUCGCCAGCAUGCCUGGAUACAUUGCGCUCUGCGUACUUGUGACUAUUUAUGCAUUGUCAUACUUGGUCAUCUGGCCCACAAGAAAGCGGUACCUGCCACACAACAUCAAUACCAUCGCAGCUUUGUUGAGUUGGCUAUAUGCGAGCCCGUUGCUGGGUGACAGCGCUCUGCAGAAUGUUACAACAAAAGGAGAACUCAUAGAGAGAUUGACCAGAUCAUCUUCAUCUCCAGCAACACUUACUGGAGAUGGAGCAAAAGACGAGAAACGGGGCCAAGCCUUCAGGCCAGUGCGUCAUGUGGGUGGGCAUGUGCCGCGUUUUGCCUUUGGCAUAUUUGUGGGACGAGAUGGGCUGGAGCAUCUCGGCAUUGACCGACUUCAGAGGCCUGGAAGUCGCGAGAUGCUCGUGGUGCCUCCUUCCCGGUAGCGAGAAUUACUAAUGAUGAUGAAGUUGACGACAGCGACGUGCGGUGCACUGUACAUACCACGCCUAUGGAAUUCAUGCACACGGCAAUGACUUCAACAAUACGAUGAGAUUAUGGGUAUGGACGGAUGGGCGCCCCAGGAUUGAGUAUAACUGAGAGAGCUCGUGAAUGAGGCGAUGCGAAAUGGAUAUAUCUUGCGAGACGGGAAAUGUCACACACCAGAACAACGGUUCACGCCAAAAAUCCAGGGCAGAAGAAGGCGCA